GAGCAAAAAGUGCGUAUAUUAUUGUUGGAACAAUAGACUCUGAGACCUCAGUGAGACAACUCCACGGGAUUGCUAGGAGUAAUAGAUAAAAACAAAUCUAUUAUUUUACAUUAUUAAAGUUUAGUUGUCCGCCGGACCAAUAUAAAGAGAUGUCGGGGCCGUCACAACACAAGUAUCGUUACAAGAACCAGGGAUUAGAUUCUGCAGAAAUGCGGAGACGACGAGAAGAGGAAGGCGUACAACUGAGAAAACAGAAACGAGAACAACAGUUAGCUAAGCGGCGGAAUGUAAAUGACCUGACAGCUGGAAUAGGUGAAGAUGAAACUGUUGAUUCAUCUAUGAACCAGGAGAGUAAUCAACAAGGUGGUGGUGGUGGUGGUAGCCUGAUUACUGCAGAGAUGGUUCAAGUUCUCUAUAGCGAUGAUCUGGAAGCUCAGCUCAAUGCCACACAAAAAUUCCGCAAACUACUAUCAAGAGAGCCCAAUCCACCCAUAGAUGAAGUUAUUCAAACUGGAAUUGUCCCUAAGUUUGUUGAAUUCCUCCAGAGAGAUGGUCAUUGUACAUUACAGUUUGAGGCUGCCUGGGCACUAACCAAUAUAGCUUCUGGUACCAGCACGCAGACUAGAAUUGUUAUAGAAGCUGGUGCUGUACCUAUUUUUAUUCGCCUCCUGAGUUCGGAUUUUGAAGACGUCCAAGAACAAGCAGUGUGGGCACUUGGAAACAUUGCAGGUGACUCGCCUGAUUGCCGAGAUUAUGUCCUAUCAGAGAAUAUUCUAAUGCCUUUGUUACAACUCCUAAGCAAGUCCACUCGUCUCUCAAUGACUCGCAAUGCCGUCUGGGCCCUGAGCAAUUUAUGCCGGGGAAAGAAUCCACCUCCUGACUUUGCCCGUGUGUCUCCAUGUCUCCCAGUCUUGUCUAGACUUCUCUUCCAUAGUGAUGCAGAUGUAUUAGCUGAUGCUUGUUGGGCUCUUAGUUAUUUAAGUGAUGGGCCUAAUGAGAAGAUUCAAGCUGUUAUUGAUGCUGGAGUAUGUCGUAGACUUGUUGAGCUUCUCAUGUUUAAUCAACAUAGUGUAGUAGCAGCAGCUUUAAGAGCAGUUGGUAAUAUUGUAACAGGCGACGAUGUCCAAACACAGGUAAUUCUCAACUGCUCGGCACUGCCCUGUCUUUUACACUUGUUGUCAUCGCCGAAAGAAUCCAUCCGGAAAGAAGCAUGCUGGACAAUCUCGAAUAUUACUGCAGGCAACCGUGCUCAGAUCCAAGCAGUCAUAGAUGCCAACAUCUUCCCUGUGCUCAUCGAGAUCUUGGGCAAAGCAGAAUUUAAAACGAGGAAAGAAGCUGCCUGGGCCAUAACUAAUGCUACAUCUGGUGGAACUCCAGCACAGAUUAGAUAUCUUGUUGAACAUGGAUGUAUAUCUCCACUGUGUGAUUUGUUGACAGUUAUGGAUGCCAAGAUUGUGCAGGUAGCUCUGAAUGGCAUCCAGAACAUCCUACAGCUAGGUGAACAGGAAUCCAAGAUUACAUUCGGUGUUAACCCAUAUGCUGUCUUGGUUGAAGAAUGCUAUGGUCUAGACAAGAUUGAAUUCCUUCAGAGUCAUGAAAAUUUGGAAAUAUACCAGAAGGCCUUUGAAAUUAUUGAACACUACUUUGGAGGAGAGGAGGAAGACUCUAAAGUGGCUCCCACUGUUGAUGAAUCUGGCCACCAAUUCCAGUUCACUCCUGAUGCGGGUGCACCGCCCCAAGGAGGAUUCAAUUUCUAACAGGAACCACUCAGUCCGGAAGUAGAUUUCCACAUAACUAGAAACUUAUAGCCUCUGGACUUACAGUGGGAAUUUAAUGUAUUAUAUUUCUUCUUUCUGCUAAAUAAAUCUGCAAGUUAAGAUGA